GUUAUCCAGUUUCCAUGAAUCUUGUAUGAGAUAAUAUGUGAGAUGUGCGAAAUGAGUAUCGUUACAAAAGUAUCGACCUUCCUUGGAAAUGAAGUAGGCGGACGCUGAAUUGAAAAUAUUAAAGUAUCAAACAUUUGCAUUGUUUCUUUUUGCAGAAAGUGUCCACACCUCAGAACACCAAUUUUGCUUUUACAAUUUAAAAUAGAGAUGUGAACACGCGCGAAUAUUAAAUAGUUAAAUGAACGAUGGUAGAUUUGGGGAUACAAUAUUAAACGUGCAAUGAAUGCACUUCAAUGACGGCAUAACGUGUCGGUGGUACUAUUGUAACUUGUUAUUUUGCAAAAAUGUAAAUGUGACAUUCGAGCAAUGGUGUAAGGUGUCUGGUAAAAUUACUUGGGUUUUUUGCUUGAAAGUUGUCAAGCUAUAUAGCUUGAGUCCCCAGCAUCCAUGAUGCGACGAAAUUAACGGCACGAUUUCAAAGCAUCCCAAACCGACGGAUAUCUGUGGUAAUGAAGAAAUGCUUAGGAUGCUAUAUUAGAUAUUUGUAAUCAAGUAUGUUUAAAUAAAAAAACAAGUUAUACAUGAAGUUUGAGCGAAUUCAUAACAUACGAUGAGCUACGUGCAGUAUAUCUGGAUACUUCUCUCCAUCCUCGUGUCAAUCACGUGCUCGUUCUGCUUCAUGCAGCCUGAAUGGAUUAUGCACGUGAACUUCACGAACACAUUCGGGAUUUACACGUACUGCGUCAGCCAACGGGCCGGCAUGGACACUCGUGCAUGCGGAUUUUACGGAGGACGCUUCGGUUUCGGAAACAUCCCCUCCACCACGUGGCAGGCCGCGUGUCUGCUAUACGGUGGUGGAUGUUUGUUCACGUGCUUCGGAGCAUUGUGUUCCCUCGCAACAAUGUGCGUGCGCACUCAACUUGAAAUGACGCUGGUAAUGAGUACCAGGUACCUGCAGACAUCCGCUGUUUUCCUUAUGGCGUCCGGCCUUCUUGUGUUUCCAAUGAGCUUUGAAUCAAACUACUUCCGGUUAUACUGCGGGACUAAAUCCGCCAUGUUUUAUGCUGAUACAUGCACAGUCGGAUGGACAUAUGUGUUAGCCACAGUAGGGUGCGCGAUUUCGAUAUUCUGUCCAAUAUUGUCUCUUUUCAUUGGGAUUGAGUCUGAUUUACAUUCGAAUGUAUGUAAAUUGUGAUUUCAGUUUAUUGUUGACUGAUAACAUGUCAGUUCUUUUUUAUAAUAUAUUCCA